AUGGCUCUCUCCCGAGGGUUGAGAUGCUGCACAAGGGUUUUCUCCUGGAUCCCCGUCCUCAUCAUCACCUCCGUGGUCCUGUGGUCGUAUUACGCGUAUGUCUUUGAGUUGUGCCUGUUCACUAUUAAGAAUACAUUUGAAAAAGUGGCCUAUCUUCUAGUUUUUCAUAUUUGCUUCAUGAUGUUCUCGUGGACCUACUGGAAGUCCAUCUUUACGCCUCCUGCUUCUCCAUGUAAAAAGUUUCAGCUGUCAUAUUCAGACAAAGAAAGAUAUGAGAUGGAGGAAAGGCCCGAUGCUCAGAAGCAGAUUCUUGUUGAAAUUGCCAAAAAGCUGCCCAUUUCCACUCGGGCACAAUCUGGAGCUAUCAGGUUCUGUGACCGCUGCCAGGUGCUGAAGCCUGACCGCUGUCACCACUGCUCGGUUUGUGAAACAUGUGUUUUGAAGAUGGAUCAUCACUGUCCUUGGGUGAACAACUGUGUGGGAUUUUCCAACUACAAGUUUUUUCUACUCUUCCUGUCAUACUCAAUCCUUUAUUGUGUAGUCAUCGCAGCAACAGUGUUUCAGUAUUUCCUGAAGUUCUGGGUGGGGGAUCUGCCAAACGGGCCGGCCAAGUUCCAUGUGCUCUUCCUCAUGUUUGUGGCGGUCAUGUUCUUCGUCAGUCUCAUGUUCCUCUUCGGCUAUCACUGUUGGUUGGUGGCCAAAAACCGAUCCACUUUAGAAGCGUUCUCUGCACCAGUGUUUGUCAAUGGACCAGACAGAAAUGGGUUUAAUGUGGGGAUCCGAAGAAAUCUGCGGCAGGUGUUUGGAGAGGACCGCAGACUGUGGUUCAUUCCUGUUUUUACUGGCCAAGGGAACGGCCACUUCUUCCCCCUGAAGAAUCAUAGUGAGUCUCAAAACCCAUUACUGGCUGCAGAGAUAUGGGAAGAUUCAGACGACUGCUCUGAGGAAGGGAGCUUUGUGGGUGAACACGAUCCAUCAGUCACCAUUGAGAUGGAAGAGGAUUAG